UGUCCCAUGGCGGCGGCCGCGCGGAGGGAGCCGGCUCAGGGCACUGUGACUUUUGAAGAUGUGGCCGUGUACUUCUCCUGGGAGGAAUGGAAUCUCCUUGGUGAGGCUCAGAGAUGCCUGUACCGUGAAGUGAUGCUGGAGAACUUGGCACUUAUAACCUCCCUUGGUUGUUGGUGUGGAGCAGAGGAUGAGGCACCUGAGCAGAGUGUUUCUGUAGAAAGAAUGUCACAGGUCAGGUUUUCUAAGGCAGGUCUGUCUUCCCAGAGGGCCCACCCAAGUAAGAUGUGUAGCCCAGUCUUGAAAGACAUUUUGUGCUUGUCUGAGCACCUGGGAACAUGUCGUGGACAGAAGUUGUGCAGGUUUGGGCCAUGUGGGAAGCAAUUAUAUUUCAGUGCAAACCUCCAUCAGCACCAAAAGCGGGACAUUGGAGAGAAACCCUUUGGAAUCAAUGUGAGCAGAGCUUCGUUUGUGAAUGAUUGCAAAUUCCAUGUGUCUGGGAAUCACUUUACCUGCAGGGAGGUUGGGAAGGGCUCCCUGGCCUUGUCAGGACACUUCCAGGUACAAACCACUCACACUGAAGAAAAGUCAAACACUGGAACUGAGUGUGGGGCAGCCUUUCAUAGGCAAAAAUCUCAUUACAGCUCUGGAGAAUGCAUGAAAGCUUUGAUGUGCGAACACACACUUGUUCAGCACCAGAGAGUCCUGACUAGAGAAAGAUGUUACAUGUGCAGUGAAUGUGGGAAAUCGUUUAGCCAAAGCUACAGCCUCAUUAGACACUGGAGAGUUCAUUCGGGAGAAAGGCCUUAUGAGUGCAGGGAAUGUGGGAAAUCCUUUAGCAAAAGCUAUACCCUCAAUAAUCACCAGAGAGUUCACACUGGAGAAAGGCCUUAUGAAUGUGGGAAAUGUGGGAAAACCUUUACCCAUAGCUCUAACCUCAUGAAACACCAGAGGGUUCACACUGCAGAAAGGCCUUAUGAAUGCAAGGAAUGUGGGAAAUCUUUUACCUACAGGUCUAUUCUCUUGGAACACCAGAGAGUUCACACUGGAGAAAGGCCUUAUGAGUGCAGCGAAUGUGGGAAAUCAUUUAGCCAAAGGUCCCACCUCAAUAACCAUGGGAGAAUUCACACUGGAGAAAGGCCAUAUGAAUGCUGUGAAUGUGAGAAAUCCUUUAGCCAUAGCUCUAGCCUCAUUAAGCACCAAAUAGUUCAUACUGGAGAAAGGCCUUUUGAGUGUGGGGAAUGUGGAAAAUCCUUUUACCAAAAUUCUGGCCUCAUUCAACACCAGAGAGUUCACACUGGAGUAAGGCCUUAUGAGUGUGAUGAAUGUGGAAAAUUAUUUAGUAACAAGUCCAACCUCAAUAAACAUUGGAGAGUUCAUACUGGAGAAAGGCCUUAUGAGUGUAGUGAAUGUGGGAAGUCUUUUAGCCAAAGCUCCAGUCUCAUUCAACACCAGAAAGUACACACAAGGUAAAGACCUUAUGAGUCAUCCUAUAAACUGAACGUUUAUGUUCCCCAAAAGUCAUAUGUUGAACCCUAUCCUCAUCAGGAUAGUAUUAGGUACCACAUUAGUGGUAGUAUUAGGAAGUGAGGUCUUUGGGAGGUAGUUAGGAUUAGAAUGGGUCAUAGAGUGGAGCCCUCAUGGAUGGGAUCAGUGUCCUUGUAAGAGUCGUGAGAGAGCUCGCUUCCUUUAUCUGCCAUGUGAGGACCCUUUGAGAAGAUUGUCAUCUGUGAAUCAGGAAGUAGAUCCUCAUCGGAUGCAG